UCCAUUAAUGGGCACUUAGGUUGUUUCUGUGACUUAGCAAUUGUGAAUAAUGCUGCAAUGAAUAUGGGGGUGCAGGUACCUUUUCCAGAUAGUGAUUUCAUUUACUUUGGAUAUAUUUAUGCGUAGGCAAGGUUCUUAACCUCUAAGCCUUUUCCUCAUAUCUGAAAAGCUGAGGAUAAUAACUACCUCAGAAGAUUGUCCUGAGGCUUCAGUGGUAAACCUUAAAGCACCUAGCCCAUAAUAACUAAUAAAUAUAGCCAUAGUUGUUAUUUUCAUUUUAGCAAGGAGGAAACAGGAUCAGAGAGGUUCAGUGACUUUGCCAGGGUCACACAGGGAAUUGGUGGGAGAACCAAGUCUAGGACCCAGAUUUUCUGAUAUCUAACCUCGGAAGCUUAACCCUGCCUCCAAACUCUACCUCAUGGGAGGGAAUGGGGCGCCUCCUGCCUCCCCGCUGGAAAUUGGAAGGACUCCUUUCAGGUUGCAGAAUAUGUUAGCUGUUAAAGCCCCCACAGGACUCUGGUCAGCACUGACUUGGCUGCUUCAGGUCAGGGACUCUGCACAGCCCCGAGUGCUUGUUGUGGUUGAGGCGUAAGCUGUGGAGUCAGACGCACCUGGGUUCCAGUAGGUACUGCUCCCUGCUCCCCCAUCUACUAGCUGCAGUAAAUGGGAUUAAGCAAUUAGUACUCGCCUCAGAGGGUUGUUAGGAGCGUCAAGGGAAAUGAUUUGUGGAGAAGGCCUAGCAUGAUGCCUGGCACACAGUCAGUGCUUAAUAAAUGCCAGAUGACAAUACUUUGAUAUGUUGAAGUGGCAGGCAUGCUGACCUAGAGGGGAGGAAGCACAAGUGUAGUACUUGCAGGUACAGCAGAAAAGGGCAUUUGAAAAGUUUGCAGAGCAUUCCCUGCAUUUGGAUUUACCGGGUGUGUGAUCCACCAAAUACUCCUCGUUCCUGCAGACAUUCCUGGGGAAGUGGCCUAGGCCUGUAUGGAGUUUAUGUGGUAGUUUGGGAAGCAGGUGGGCAAUACCGAUUAUAAAAUUAUGUAAUUACUUUUAUCAUAAGCAUCAUGAAUAAUUGCAAGGAUAUUUUGUGCAACAAAUAUCUAGGCAAAAGGAGUUUGAGUGGGUAGCUGGAUGAGAAGAUAAGGUGAUGAGAAUUAGCUUCCCUGCCCACCGUCAGUUGUAUUCAAAACUGUGUGUGCAAAUACCACUGUUUGUCAUGAGUAUAUCAACUUUCCACUUAAUGCUGUGCCCUUAGUUUUCUUCCCAAAUGCGUUUGGCCUUUUAGGUUUCGCACCUCACAUCCUUUUACCUGUAUCAGGGUGACUCUCCUUAUUGUUUCUAACUUCUUCAUCUUUAUGGCCUUGACUGCUUUGUAUUGAACACAAAUAACUUUCAGGUCACAUAUGGAAUUUCAACAGCACCAUUUCUAAGCCCUCUAGUCUCAAUAUACUUUCCUGGUCUCAAUACAGUAAGAACACAGUUACCUUUUGCCUCUGGUCAGUACUUGGGCAGUAAUUUAAAACACACCAUCAAAGGGUUAAACUACCUGGAGAUAUUUUUAUCUCCCUUAAAGUAAAUACGGUAAAUUUUUGUUUUUAUGAAAGCCAUCUUCAAUUCUGCUCUCUGUUCCGUACUCUAGUGGCACCUAGGUUUGUAUAUUGCAUUAUAAUACCAGAGAGUUAGUGGCAUCGUCCUGUUGAACCCUGGAGAUGAAGGAACUGUGUGCAUAAGUUAAGGUUCUUAUUACUGAUCCUUUGCAGUUAAUUAGGUCUUUGUAAAUCUAAAGUACUCCCAGUCAUUUUUAUGAGUUUCUUCUCAUAAUUUCCCUGUGAGAUGUCAAUUUUAUUACCCUCGUUCUAUCUUAGUAUUAUCAAGGGGUCAGGCAGAUUUUAAAUUUCAUUUUUUCUUGUUUGUAAUUAAGAUUCCUUUUUUUGGAUCGUGUACUUAACCUUAACCUGUAUCUGCUAAAAUGAUGGCUCAGAUCACAUGUGACCCUCCCCCCAACCCAGAGGGAAGCAACUACUGAACAAAGCCACGUUUUGGAAGAGCCUUAAAGAAACUGAGAUUAUAAACACUGGUCUGAGUACCCAGCCCUAGAAGGAAUCAGGUGGAAACUAAUAAAACAGAAGCCAUGAAAUAUGAAAAAUCAGGCAGCUGAUUGAGAGAAAACUGUGUACACUCUCUUUCUCCCCGCUGGCUUAGUGUUCGUGGGAAUUUCUUUUGGUUGCCUGCAAAAUGUGUCUGCAGCGAUUUUUCUGUGCUCGUUGACGCAGGGAACCAGGAAAGGAGGAGGUGGCCUCUGGGUGAUACCGUUUGUUAAUGGCUGGUCAUCUGCGAAGGUUGCAGGCUUCUUCCAUUGCUGUUUAUCUUGUGAAAUGAUUACGUUUUCCUUACUCGUCACCACGCGUCUGACCCUGCAGAUCAGGUCCAGUUAUCCUUGACUGCCAUAUAUGGAUUCCCAAAACUCUCUGAAGGAAACAGUCCUCGUUACAGGAGGAGGUGGCUAUUUUGGCUUCCGCCUAGGCUGUGCUCUGAACCAGAAGGGAGUCCGUGUGAUUCUGUUUGACAUCAGCAGCCCUGCUCAAACCAUUCCAGAAGGAAUCAAGUUUAUCCAUGGAGACAUCCGCCACCUCUCUGACAUAGAGAAAGCCUUCCAGGAUGUGGAUGUCGCUUGUGUGUUCCAUAUUGCCUCUUACGGUAUGUCAGGGCGCGAGCAACUGAAUCGAAACCUGAUUGAAGAAGUGAACGUGGGGGGCACAGACAACAUCCUCCAGGCUUGCAGGAGGCGAGGGGUGCCAAGGUUAGUUUAUACGAGCACCUUCAAUGUCAUCUUCGGAGGUCAAGUUAUCAGAAAUGGAGAUGAAUCUCUGCCUUACCUACCUCUUCACCUCCAUCCUGAUCACUACUCUCGGACCAAAUCUGUUGCAGAGAAGAAGGUGCUGGAGGCCAAUGGUACAGCCCUGGAAAGGAGUGAUGGGGUCUUGAGAACCUGUGCUCUGAGGCCGGCUGGCAUCUAUGGGCCUGGAGAACAGAGGCACCUCCCCAGGAUAGUAAGCUACAUUGAGAAGGGCCUGUUCAAGUUUGUGUACGGAGACCCCAAGAGUCUGGUUGAAUUUGUCCAUGUGGAUAACUUGGUGCAGGCUCACAUUCUGGCUUCAGUGGCCCUGAAAGCUGACAAGGGCCACAUUGCCUCUGGGCAGCCCUACUUCAUCUCAGAUGGCAGACCUGUGAACAACUUUGAGUUCUUCCGGCCUUUGGUUGAGGGCCUGGGCUACAAGUUCCCAUCCAUCCGCCUGCCCUUGACUCUCAUCUACUACUUUGCUUUCCUAACCGAGACGGCCCACUUCAUUCUGGGUCGACUGUACAACUUCCAGCCCUUCCUCACCCGCACUGAAGUUUACAAAACCGGCGUCACACAUUACUUUAGCCUAGAGAAAGCCAAGGAGGAGCUAGGUUAUGAGGCUCAGCCAUUUGACCUCCAGGAAGUAGUAGAAUGGUUUAAAGCCCAUGGUCAUGGCAGAAGUCCUGGAAGUCGUGACUCUGAGUGUCUUGUUUGGGAUGGGCUGUUGGUCGUACUCUUGGUUAUAGCGGUUCUCGCAUGGCUGCCGCCUUCUGUGAUUCUGUCAGUGUGAAGGAGGAGCUAGAAAUAAGGAGCUGAUCACACUUGCUGAGAUGGUUUUCAAGAAACACAGGUUUUGGACUUGGUGGCACAGUGGUAAAGAAUCCGCCUUCCAAUGCAGGGGACAUGGGUUCAAGCCCUGGUCCAGGAAUAUCCCACGUGCCGCGGAGCAACUAAGCCCGUGCGCCACAACUACUGAGCCUUCGCUCUAGAGCCCUCGAGCCACAACUGCUGAGCCCGCAUGCCACAACUACUGAAGCCCGUGCGCCUAGAGCCCAUGCUCCGCAUCAAGAGAAGCCACCACAGUGAGAAGCCCACACACUGCAACAAAGAGCAGCCCCCGCUCGCCGCAACUAGAGAAAGCCUGUGCACAGCAACGAAGACCCAACGCAGCAAAAAUAAAUAAAUAAAUUUAUAGGAAAAAAACCCCACACAGGUUUGAAAAAUAGACAGACAGAUAGACAGACAGAUAGACCUGGUGUCAGAUUUUGGAUCUCCAAAUCGCUGCUUAAGAAUAGAUUCUUGGAUUAAGUCUUUAUUUCCUACCUCCUUGCACAAAUCAUGAAGGGAGAAAUAGAAGGGAAAGAGGGAAGAGAUAUGGGGAUAUAUGUAUAUGUAUAACUGAUUCACUUUGUUAUAAAGCAGAAACUAACACACCAUUGUAAAGCAAUUAU